AUGGAGAAUAUUUUCAAGAGAGCGGGCAAUGAUGCCUUGAGGGAGAAUCCAAAUUCGAUGGUCUACCCAAGAGUGUCGGAUAUCAACAUCACUAUUCGUGGUUCCGAUUGGUAUUGGGCUGUUACCGCUGUCAUGGGUGCCGCAACACUCGUCUUUGUCGCCCUGGCAUUCAGAGUUCCUCGCUCAAAGCGAAUCUUCCACUACAUCACCGCCGCCAUCACCAUGGUUGCGACCAUUGCUUAUUUCACCAUGGGAUCCAACCUAGGAUACGCGGCUAUUCCAGUCGAAUUCGUUCGAUCGAACCCCAAAGUCGCCGGGACGGCCCGUGAGAUCUUUUACGUGCGCUACAUCGACUGGUUCAUCACGACACCACUCCUCCUCCUCGACAUCAUGCUCACAGCCGGCCUCCCAUGGCCCACAAUUCUCUACACGCUCCUCCUCGACGAAAUCAUGAUCGUCACCGGUCUCGUCGGCGCCCUCGUCGAAUCCCGCUACAAAUGGGGAUAUUUCACCUUCGCCAUGGCCGCCCUCUUCUACAUCGCCUACAACGUCACCUGGGUAGGCCGCAAACACGCCAACGCCCUUGGCUCCAACAUCGGCCGCACCUACCUCAUGGUUGGCGCCUGGACCAUCUUCCUCUGGUUCCUUUACCCCAUCGCCUGGGGACUCAGCGAGGGUGGAAACGUCAUUGCUCCGGAUUCUGAGGCCGUGUUUUACGGUGUCUUGGAUAUCAUGGCUAAGCCUGUCUUUGGCGCUCUUCUCCUUUGGGGUCACCGCAAUAUCGAUCCUGCGACUCUCGGUCUGCAUAUCCGCGAUUACGACGAUGCCAUGCACCCAUCUGAGAAGAGUGGUUUCGGCAGUGCCGCGGCCGCGAACAAUGGUGCUACGGGUGGUGUGACGGGUGCGAAUACUGCGCCGGGCGUGCAUAAUGAUACCACGGCUACUGCUGCUGUUUAA